AUGUCACAGGUACCGGAGACAUAUGUGAAGAUACACAUUCAGACAAAGGAGUUGAAAACCCUUUACGAUCUUUUGAAAAGGUAUCUCUCGGAGCAAAUCGAUGAGCAGCUAGAAGAGCUUGGAUUGGAUGGUAAUACUAAGACGCGGUCCAAGAAGGGGAAAACGCUACGGGAGAAGGUGAGAAAGCUUGUACUAAACCAAUUUCUUGAUAGACUAUUCAAUGCGAUCAAAUAUUCCAUUGAACUGGAUGAUGGCUUAUUAGAAGUUAUUGAUGAUCCCGAUACUGAUAUAGUAACACAGCUUGAAGAGGUUCAGGAAGAUUCAGAAACGAAAGUGGAACCGUAUGACUUCGCUCUCAAUGACAAGCUCCGAAAUGUGUAUUUACAAGUAGAAGAGAAGAUAGAAGAAGUGACAAAAUUGCGAAAGGUGAAGCCAUUGGACUACUAUAACGCUUAUGAAAAGAUGCUUUUAGCGAACGAAGAAUGGGUCGAUAAUAAAGUGGAGGAAAAUAAGCAAUUUAGAGAUAGAUGUCUAUCGAGCUUGGAGAAGCAGAUGGAUGCAGAAGCGGAAGACACCAAUGAGGAGGCCAACUAUGCUGUUUUAGUACAGGAUUAUGAGAAAUUUCUGGCGAAUAUAGCUCUUCUUAAGAAGGAAAUCCCCGACACGGUUUCCCAGCUUGACAAUUUAAUCAAUGUGAUGGAAUUUCUUAACAAUCUGAAAAGGUGA